AUGGCCUCGACGCAUCGGCCGCCCCUCCAUAUCUGCGCCGCACUCACCGCCGUCUGCGUCGCCAUCGCGCUACACCGUCCGGCGGUCGCCGCUGCCAGGCCGCCCAGCCGCUCCUUUGCCGAUUUCGAAUCCUUCUGGCCGCUGUAUGUGCAGCAACACUCGCUCACUACGACAAAGCUCCUGCACGGGGUCGGGACGACUCUCGUCGUCCUCUCGAUCGCCGUCCGCCUUGGCGCGGCCUCGAGCAUCUGCCUCUCGCUUCUUGGCGCUGAUGCCACCGCAAGCUGCAGCAGCGGCCUGCCCGAGGCGGCCGUAAUGGUCUCGCUCCUCAUGGGCGUUGUGCGGCUCUACUCUGGCCUACCGCCCUCGCAGACGGCCGAGAUGCCCGCCACCUUCAGCCACCCGACCUUCUCGCUGAUCGGCGACUUCGCGCUCUUGGGUCUCAAGGCCACACAGCGGCGGCACCUUCAGCGUGGCCGGAGUGCUGACAUGGCGCGACUCUGA